UGUGUUUACACUAUUAGUGUGCAUGUACAGGCAUAUCUAAGUAGGUAUACAGCGGAAUAAAAUCAGCAUCACCUUCAAUAUUAAAAUAAAAGUGGUUUCAGCGCGGAUGUCGCCAUCUUUACUAAGGGACAAUAAGCCGAGUGCUAUAACACAAGUUGUUGUAAAUUUCUGAAACCCGUCAUAUGUUUAGUUUCCAUCGAUUUCAAUCGUUUCCAAAAGCACCUCGCGACGCAGAGCAUCCUUCGCCUAUUUAAAAUGGCAAGUGACAAAAAACGUUAUGCGUUUCUGUCGGAAAUGGUUAGUGAGCAGGGUCUCCGUCGCCAUGUUUACUUUGGGUGACGCCAACUCUCUUCCAUUUUCCUCCGCCUCUGGUUGUCAAGAAGAUGGCAGCUUCCAGGCAGGCAUGAGAGGAAAUACUUCUUCAAAAAUCGAAUGAAUUUGGAUUAUUGCCUCAAGAUAAGACCACAUACGCGUGUUUUUGCAAUUUCUGCAUCGAAAUAAAAUCAUGUCUGUCACUGGCUCCGCGGUGUCUGGGACCACAGCGUCGGUUCUGCAGCCGCGGUGGAAACGGGUCCUCGGAUGGUCCGGUCCCGUUCCCCGGCCCAGGCAUGGGCACCGAGCUGUUGCUAUAAAGGAGCUUAUGGUUGUCUUUGGCGGUGGAAACGAAGGGAUUGUGGAUGAAUUGCAUGUAUACAACACUGCAACGAACCAGUGGUUUAUCCCAGCGGUCCGUGGUGAUAUCCCCCCUGGUUGUGCUGCAUAUGGUUUUGUCUGUGACGGCACCAGAUUGCUGGUGUUCGGUGGAAUGGUGGAGUACGGAAAGUACAGCAAUGAUCUCUAUGAGCUACAGGCCAGCAGAUGGGAAUGGAAAAAGUUGAAAGCAAAAAACCCGAAGAACGGUCCCCCUCCUUGCCCUCGUCUUGGCCACAGCUUCUCGCUGGUUGGCAACAAGUGCUACCUGUUUGGUGGACUAGCCAAUGACAGCGAAGACCCAAAAAACAACAUUCCCAGAUACCUGAAUGAUCUGUACACACUUGAGCUUCGCGCGGGCUCCAGCGUGGUUGGCUGGGAUAUCCCAAUCACAUACGGCGUUCUGCCUCCUCCUCGUGAGAGCCACACUGCUGUUGUAUACACGGAAAAGACGAGCAGGAAAUCUCGCCUCAUAAUCUACGGAGGAAUGAGUGGUUGUCGCCUUGGAGAUCUGUGGACACUUGAUAUUGAUACCCUGACAUGGAACAAACCAUCAGUAAGCGGCACGGCACCGCUCCCCAGAAGUCUUCACUCUGCCACCACCAUCACAAACAAAAUGUAUGUUUUUGGAGGAUGGGUUCCUUUGGUAAUGGACGACGUCAAAGUGGCCACACACGAGAAGGAGUGGAAGUGCACAAACACUCUCGCCUGCCUAAAUCUAGACGGCAUGUGUUGGGAGACGGUGUUGAUGGACACGCUUGAAGACAACAUCCCGAGGGCCCGUGCUGGCCACUGUGCUGUGGCCAUCAAUUCUAGACUCUAUGUAUGGAGCGGCCGCGACGGUUAUCGUAAAGCGUGGAACAACCAAGUCUGUUGUAAAGACCUCUGGUACCUGGAAACAGAGCGGCCACACGCCCCUGCCAGGGUCCAGUUAGUCCGUGCCAACACAAACUCUCUUGAGGUGAGCUGGGGUGCCGUCUCAACUGCCGACACCUACUUACUGCAGCUGCAGAAAUAUGACAUCCCUGCAACUCCAGCUGCAGCCUCGCCAGUCAUGAGUGCCAGCCCCGUGCAGCCUUUGAACACCCCAAAGAGCCCUGCACCGGCUGCUGUAGCCCUCUCUGCUCAGAGCCUAACCCAGACAGCUGUCUUGAAGGUUGCAGCUCAACAGUCUGCCACGGGCACGUCUAUUGUCACAGUCCGCCCCAGCCAGCCUGGGAAAUCCCCCGUCACUUUGACAUCCCUUCCACCAGGUGUUCGUAUGGUAGUGCCUGCCCAGACCGUCCAAGGAACGCCAAUUGGGGGUAGCCCUCAGAUGAGUGGCAUGGCAGCUUUGGCUGCAGCCGCUGCAGCAACACAGAAGAUCCCGCCCUCUUCUGCAGGCACUCUCCUCAAUGUUCCUGCAGGUGCCACCAUUCUCAAAACAGUAGCCGUUUCCCCGGGCACAACCACAAUGAAGAUGGCUUCUCCACUCAUGGUCAGUAACCCGGCCACCCGGAUGCUGAAGACUGCUGCAGCCCAGGUGGGCACGGCGACUCAGUCCUCCCCCACCACCACCAGACCAAUCAUCACUGUGCACAAGUCUGGUGCAGUCACAGUGGCCCAGCAGGCCCAGGUGGUAACCACUGUGGUGGGAGGAGUCACCAAGACCAUCACCCUGGUCAAGAGUCCACUCACCAUGGGGAGCGGUGGCACUCUGAUCUCCAACCUCGGCAAGAUGAUGUCUGUGGUACAAACCAAGCCGCAGACAUCAACCAUCACAGGCCAGGCUUCCAAUAACCCUCUCGCACAGCUCAUACAGUCAAAGGGUGCCCUCCCGGCCGGCACCAUCCUGAAGCUGGUGACCUCCGCAGAUGGCAAGCCCACAACCAUCAUCACCACCUCCCAGGCUGGAGGCGCAGGAAAUAAGCCCACGAUCCUCAACAUCAGCGGCGUGUCUCCGGCUACCACUAAGCAGGGCACCACCAUUAUCAAGACCAUCCCCAUGUCGGCCAUCAUGGGCCAGGCUGGAGCUGCAGGUGUGACCACCAGUGCAGGCAUGAAAACGCCGAUCACAAUCCUCACCACCAAAAUGAUGACCACUGGAACUCCUGGUAAAAUCAUCACCGCCAUGCCCAAACUUGCCACUGCAGCCGGCCAACAGGGACUGACACAGGUGGUUCUGAAGGGUGCUCACGGGCAACCGGGAACGAUUCUGCGCACCGUGCCUAUGAGCACAGUCGGUGGCGUUCGACUUGUCACACCAGUGACGGUAUCUGCCGUUAAGCCCACUGUCACCACUCUGGUUGUCAAGGGGACUACUGGUAUUGCCACUCUUGGGACGGUCACUGGCACAGUCUCCUCGAGCCUCGCCGGAGGCACGGUGGACAGUUCCAACGCCUCUCUGGUCACCCCCAUCACCACACUGGGAACCAUCGCCACCCUGUCCAGCCAGGUCAUCAGCCCAGCUGCCAUAACUGUCUCAGCUGCUCAGACCAACCUGACUUCUGCCUCCACAUUGCCCUCCUCCACCAUGACGGUGCAAAACCAGCCCACCCAGGUGACUCUGAUCACAACUCCCAGUGGUGUAGAAGCUCAACCAGUGCAGGAUCUACCCGUGUCCAUCCUGGCUUCACCAACCUCAGAGCAGCCCAGCUCUACUGAUGCUGGAGCAGCUGGAGAAGGCUCUGGGACCGUCACCCUGGUCUGCUCCAACCCGCCCUGCGAGACCCACGAGACGGGAACCACCAACACAGCCACCACCUCCUCAGCUGCAAUGGGAGCAGGACAGGUCUGUUCUAACCCGCCCUGCGAGACCCACGAGACGGGAACCACCAACACAGCCACCACCUCCUCAGCUGCAAUGGGAGCAGGACCGGUCUGUUCUAACCCGCCCUGCGAGACCCACGAGACGGGGACCACCAACACAGCCACCACCUCCUCAGCUGCAAUGGGAGCAGGACCGGUCUGUUCUAACCCGCCCUGCGAGACCCACGAGACGGGGACCACUAACACGGCCACAACUGCAUCAUCAAACAUGUCUGCGCCGCGUGUAUGCUCCAACCCGCCGUGCGAGACCCACGAAACCGGGACAACUAACACGGCUACCACAGCGUCGUCUAACAUGGGAGGAGUCCAGCCGCCGUGCUCCAACCCACCCUGUGAGACCCACGUGACGGGCACCACCAACACAGCCACCCAGUCGUCCUCUACCAUGAACGCAGGCCAGACGAGCACCGUGCAGAGGGUGUGCUCCAACCCGCCCUGCGAAACGCACGAGACGGGGACCACCAACACCCCGUCCACGGCCACCUCCAGCAUUGGCGGCGACCAGACCAGCACUGCGGCAGGCCAAGUCCAGAGGGUGUGCUCCAACCCGCCCUGUGAAACACACGAAACUGGGACCACCAACACAGCCACCACUGCCACCUGCAGCAUGGAGACAGGCGAAGAAGCCCAGCAGACAGAGGAGGGAGCGGAAGGUACCAGCAGCCCAGAGGUGGCCACCACCACCACCGCUGCUGCAGCAGCAGCAGCGACAGCAGCAGCAGCAACAGCAGCAGCAGCGACAGCAGCAGCAACAGUUGGCAUGGUUACCACGGCUCAGGGCAGGGCCAUCACUACUGUCACUCAGUCCACACCAGCCCCUGGACCCUCUGUACCUUCGAUCUCGUCAAUCACAGAGGGCGUGAGUACCGCUGCCGGCUCCACGGAGGAACCCAUGCAAACUGAUGAAACGACGUCAGCAGAAGCUGCAGAGGGGGCAGCCACCGCGAUGGAAACACAAGCAGAGGGAGGAGCAGCCACAGCUACGGCCAUGAAUCUACCCUCGGAGCUGAUGUCUGAGGGUCAGGGUGCCACUCUCAUGGUGACCGGGCUGUCGGACGAGGAGCUAGCUGUGACUGCAGCAGCGGAGGCCGCCGCUCAGGCAGCAGCCACGGAAGAAGCCCAAGCCCUCGCUAUCCAGGCCGUCCUGCAGGCAGCCCAGCAAGCAGUCAUGAAUGAGGGCAAUGCCACCGGAGAGAGCCAGCAGCCCACCAGCAUCCCCAUCAUGUUGACCCAGCAGGAACUCGCAGCGCUGGUCCAUCAGCAGCAACAGCUGCAGCUGCAGGAGGCUCAGGCUGCCGCACAGCAGGCCGCCGUGGACUCGAGCGUGCCCACUGAGGGCCUCGCCCCCGCUGACAGCCUCAACGACCCCUCUGUCGAGAGCAACGGGCACAAUGAGAUGGCCGCGGCCGUCACCAGUGCCGUGGCGUCACUGCUGCCACGUGCCACAGCUGAGACACUUGCUCCAUCGAGCACAUUUGCACCCUCUGUAUCGGUGGCCAGUCCAGCGAAGCUGCAGGCAGCCGCCGCUCUAGCAGAGGUCGCCAAUGGGAUCGAGGGAGAGAAACAAGCUCCUCAGCCAACUCCAGUGAAGCCUGUUGCAAAAAAAGAGAACCAGUGGUUUGAUGUUGGAAUUGUUAAAGUGACCAACAUGGUGGUCACCCACUUCUAUAUGCCAGGAGACAAUUCUCAAGGAGAUGAUGACUCUGGCGUCAUGCCAGACUACGGCCAGAUGAAGAAAAUGGAGCUGCAGCCCGGCACGGCUUACAAGUUCCGUGUGGCUGGAAUCAACGCUUGCGGUCGCGGCGCUUUCUCCGAGAUUUCUGCUUUCAAGACUUGCCUACCAGGCUUCCCAGGGGCACCUUGUGCCAUCAAAAUCAGCAAGAGCCCAGAUGGCGCCCACUUGACCUGGGAGCCGCCCUCGGUGACGUCGGGGAAGAUCAUCGAGUACUCUGUGUACCUGGCGAUCCAGAGCAACCAGACCGCCGAGGCCAAGGCCUCCACCCCGGCACAGCUGGCCUUCAUGCGCGUGUACUGUGGACCCAACCCCUCUUGCUUGGUGCAGUCGUCCAGCCUCUCCAACGCCCACAUCGACUACACCACCAAGCCGGCCAUCAUCUUCCGCAUUGCCGCCCGCAAUGAGAAGGGCUACGGUCCCGCCACCCAAGUGCGAUGGCUGCAAGAAUCCGGCAAAGAUGCCGCCUCUGCAAAACCGGCCGCCAAAAGACCCGGCACCUCCCCUGAUACUAAGGCUACUGGUCCAAAGAAAGCGAGGACGGACCAGUGAGGUUGCCCAGAGCCCCCCCACCCCACCACCCCCACCCCUCCCCCUGUCUUUUGUCCUUUUUUCCACUCGCUGUCCUUUUUAUCAGGAAGACUGACCUUCACCCCGCCUCCACCUCCUCAUCCUCAUCCUAAUCUCAUCCUCCACCCUUCAAGUCUCAGACCAAGACGGCAAAGGAGGCAGAACAAGCGUAUGAAGCCGAGAUGAAAGUCAAUCUGAGAGAUGUUUCUGUAGAUAAAAACCCUCCUUCCUCCUCGUUCUGUUGGUUGUACUAUUUCUAGAGCAACGCAAACUUAGAAGCACAUUAUCUUUUUUCAGUCACAUCCCCCUCCCAUCGUUUAACAUCUAUUUUUGGCUUGUUUCAGUAGUUAAAGCAGAGUAGAGAACUGGGAGCCAGCCUGAGCUCAUUGUUACCUUUUUGUCUUGUUUUGUGAAUCCUGGGGGGAUGUAGAGAGAGACUACACGAAAUGAUGUACAGUGUUGGAAAAAAAAAAAGAAAAAGAAAGCUGUGGAGGCAUUAGUUUAGAUAAGAGGAAAAAAUCGGUAUGGAUACAAAUAAAGCACUUGUCCUCAACGACAGAGGACAUCAUUCUUUUUCCCUUUUUUUUUUUUUUUUUUUUCAAAAACAAAUUUGCUUCAUCGAGAACCAAGUCUGUAUUCAUCGUGCUGGACUUGGGUCUCCUGUAAAUGUCAUCACUGCGCUUUUUACCCCCAAGAGGAGGACUGGUGGCAGACACUUCAAAGUGGACACACACAAAAAAAACAACAAAAAAAGAGAAUGACGAAGAGAUUUGUAGAGAAUGAAUGACAGACAUUGCUAGGACUGAGACUUGCAGCACACACACACACACACACACACACACACACAAUCGUCAAAAUCUUCCCAAAAAAUUAGCAAGCAAUGACGCAGAAGAUCUUUUGUGUAGUUUAUUUUUGUAUUUUUUAAGCUUUUUUUUUUUUUCUUCUUCUUCCUUUUUUCCUCCUGUGUGUCUGUAUGUUGUGCAUUUUAAACAAACAAAAAAAAAAAACAUCACUUUUUAACAGUUGUUCAUCCCCAUAAGUUUGUGUUCGUGGGAAGAUCGGUGGCUGUGUUGCGGUCGCCACUCUAUUUUUAAAAAGAAAAGAAAUCUUCAUUCAAGUUGGUUGUGUGUUCUUGUUCACAGACGGUGGUGAAAGAGAAAGACUUUUUGCAUUUGUUCCAUCGUAGAACCCUCGGAGGUUUAUAGGACU